UUUUCUUUUCUUUCUUUUCUGAUAUUCUGAGUGGUCCGGCCGCUAUUCGGCCAGCAAAGUUCAAUAGUGGUGCCAGUAGCCGUUUGGGAACGAGGGAAUUGUUAUGUGCCCAAUGGGAUAUCAAGCUCAAGUUUAAUCCAUUCUGCCCCAAAUUCCAUUCUCGACGGGGUGGAAGGGCUCCCGAUCGAUCUGAGCGUUGAUUCAAGCUCCUCUUGUUACCCUUAGACUAUCGGGGGAGAGCGAAGUUUUGAUAUUUGCUCCAUACUCCGUAGAUCUCCCUAGAUCACCACCCGCAAAUACUCUCGAACUUGAAACUCACGUUGAUGGAGACAAAGGAAACGGAGGGGGGAAAAGGUAGUUAGGGGAAAAAAAAAGAAAAAAGAAAAAAGAAAACGAAAUCAGGACUAAUCGAGUUCUUCUUCUUAUUGACUUUGUAUAGCGGGUUCCCCAUUUUUUUCCUUUUCCCUUUUUCUUUUUCUAUUCCCUUUAGGAAGCGCGAAUUUGACUAGCGCCCGAUAUCAAAUAAUAUCAUGAUCAGCAAGCCCAUUUUUAGCCACAUCCAACUUUUGCACCUCGAAAUCUCCGUCAGCCAAAGGCAAGAUAUGUACGGAGUUAUGCCAGUGCAAAUUUUUCGGGCUUUGGGCGACAUCAAUUCAUGCCGUGAGCCCCCUGGGUGGUUCUAAAUACUCGAAGCCCAUUUGUCAGAUAGCUUUCCUCAAAAACAGGAGACUGUUGUCACAGAGUUAAUGCGCGGGACAAGUGCAAGAAAACGAGUUUGAUUCACAGGUCUCAUGGCAUCAUCAUUGGAGCGCCUGAUAAAAAAAAAAAAAAAUCUUUUACCAUGUACCAAUAUGGACGGAAGGGCAGUGUUGAAGAUCACACACGGGAUUUUCGAUAGUGCUGCCAGGGCUAAUCUCACUAUUACAUCAAACCCAGCCAUAUUUCCAAGGAGAUUCAUGGAUUAUCAUUGCCAUUGGCAGACCUGUUGAGCCCAGCCAGCCUGCAACGCAUGAGAAGUUGGCAGUCUUGGAUCAGGGGUAGUUCACAAACUCCCUUCGUCACCUAUUAUUUAUACCCCGACCCUAUCCUACCAGAGAGCAUCUAGUAGUACUUGUUUUCAUCCUCCUCACAAUUCACUACUCCAAAAUACCUCGACACUCCUUUCAGAACUUUAUAUCCUUAACAGUCUUUUCCGAAACGACAAACAUGCGGCUCACAAGCGCCUCCCUCUUCGGCCUCCUCGUCGCGGUCGCCCCAUUGGGCACCAUCGCAGACAGCACACUUCCCGCAGACACAUCAGAAGCCUGCGCCUUACUCGCGAACCGUACACCUGAGGAGUUCGCGUCCACCCUGGCGGAUCUAGAGAACCAAGCGAAACUAGACCCUACCCGAGACCAGGCCGAGAUUGACGAAUUUUUGGCCCAAGUCCAAUCACUCCCCGUCGAAAACCUGCAGGCUGAGGUCGACAAAACAUGCGCUGCGCAGGCUCAAGCCCCAAAGAUCAGCCGCAGCAGGAUCGCUCGCCGACAAGAUCUGGGUGGAACUCUGGGUGGCGUGAAUGCUCUGGGUGGCGUGGGUGAUGCCCUGGGCGGAGCCCUGGGGUCUUCACUUGGUGGUGUAGCUGGAGGCUCAGCCGUGAAGAAGGCCCGUAACGAAAAUGCUCGCCGGCAAGACAUUGGUGGCACUGUGGGCGGUGUGACUGGUGCUCUGCCCGGAGGCCUUGGGUCUGCAAUUGACAGUUCAACGGGAACAGCUGGGGGCGCGCUUGGAGGUGGUCUGGGCGUAAAGAAGGCCCGUAACGAAAAUGCUCGCCGGCAAGACAUUGGUGGCACUGUGAGCGGUGUGACCGAUACUCUGCCCGGAGGCCUUGGAGACACGGUUAAUGGUGUGGUAGAUGAUGCGGAGAAGGGUGCUGGGACACUUUCUCGUCGACAAAUCGGCGGAUCUCUAGCAGGUCUAAAUGGUGAUCUUGGUGGUCAGCAGACGAAGAAGGGCGGCCUUAUGGGUGGUGUUCUUAUCCCUGGGUUGCUGUAGAUUACCGACGCCGACCUGGAUAUUUGAAUGACAUAUGUUUUCUUGCAUCUUCCUAUUGAUUUGAUGGAUACUUAAAGCUGGAAAUGGAGGCGUGAGGCGGAUUGAGAUCGUAUUGAAUUCGAGGGUCGUUGUUAUUGUCAAUAGCUGAUAUAUUCUCUUGAGAGCGGGCUUUGUCUAUUUAUCCUCUGCCAAGUUCCUGUAGAGGAAAACAGAAGAUGCUUUACAUAUUUAAUAAUAGAAAUUCAUCUACGGUUAUUUAAGCGAUCAUCAUGCUAACAUAGAUACUUAUCUCCGCUGGGAUUGAACAUGCGAUCUCUGUAGCAUAAAUAGCAUGAUUAUUAACUAGCAUUUAGUAACUCUCUAUCUAUAAUAUACAGUUG